CUCUGUUUUGGAGACAUUCCAGGGCUAUAACUGCAGACCACAAUCCUCUGCCUGAAUCCAAGACAGACCCAGGACAAGCCUGUUCCUGCUUGGCCCUGGUUGAGGCUCAUCUUCUUCACUAUGGUGGACCCCAAUGGCAAUGAAUCCAGUGCCACAUAUUUCAUUCUAAUAGGCCUUCCAGGCUUGGAAAAAGCUCAGUUCUGGUUGGCCUUUCCAUUAUGCUCCCUCUACCUUAUUGCUGUGCUAGGUAACCUGACAGUCAUCUACAUUGUGCGGACUGAGCAUAGCUUGCAUGAGCCCAUGUAUAUUUUUCUUUGCAUGCUUUCUGGCCUUGACAUCCUUAUCUCUACUUCAUCUAUGCCCAGAAUGAUGGCCAUCUUCUGGUUCAAUUCCACCACCAUCCAGUUUGAUGCUUGUCUGCUACAGAUGUUUGCCAUCCACUCUUUAUCUGGCAUGGAGUCCACUGUACUGCUGGCCAUGGCCUUUGACCGCUAUGUGGCCAUUUGUCACCCACUACACCAUGCCACUGUGCUAACAUUGCCUCGUGUUACCAAGAUUGGCAUGGCUGCUGUGGUACGGGGUACUGCACUUAUGGCACCCCUGCCUAUCUUCAUCAAACGGCUGCCUUUCUGCCGCUCCAAUAUUCUUUCCCAUUCCUAUUGCCUACACCAAGAUGUCAUGAAGCUGGCUUGUGCUGACAUCCGUGUCAAUAUCAUCUAUGGCCUCAUUGUCAUCAUCUCUGCCAUUGGCCUGGACUCACUUCUCAUCUCCUUGUCAUAUCUGCUUAUCCUCAAGACUGUGUUGGGCUUGACACGUGAAGCCCAGGCAAAGGCAUUUGGCACUUGUGUCUCUCAUGUGUGUGCUGUUUUCAUAUUCUAUGUACCUUUCAUUGGGUUAUCUAUGGUACACCGCUUUGGGAAGCAGCAUGACUCCCUCCUGCCCAUUAUUAUGGCCAAUACGUACCUGCUUGUUCCUCCUGUGCUCAACCCUAUUGUUUAUGGAGUGAAGACAAAGGAGAUUCGGCAGCACAUCUUUCGUCUUUUCCAUGUGACCACCCAUACUUCAGAUCCCUAGGUGUCAGUGAAAACUUCUACACUCAAAGUUUUUCAAUUCAGAUUUUAAUAUCAACAUUUUGGUAUAUAGUAUUAGGGAAAAAAACCAACUUCCCUAAUAGAAACACAACUGAACCUUCAAACAGGAAAUUGGUUGGAGAAUCUCUGUAUGGACAGGGGCAUCAGAAUUGUAUACUCCCAAUUCCCAUUUUAAAAUAUUAUUUUCCCUUUAUAAUUCUCUCUAUAUAAUUAAUAAAACCCUGAAGUGGU